AUGAAUCGCUUUCGGAGACCUUGGACCAUUCAACGUCAGAAUACUGAUGGCGUGCAGCUGAAUAAGCUUGAAGAUCACUCAGCGAAGCCAACGAUCUCAGAUGAGGAACUCGGUGCCCCAACGAAGACUCAAGCUCAAGCUGAUGUAGAGCCCAUCGACAUAUCGCAAGGCCACCUCACGGAAAUCGAAGUUGAUCUCAAUGAUGUGCUUCACGAUAAGGAGAUCAAAGACAUUGAUGGAGAUACAUCACCGUAUCCGGAAGUUCGAGCUGUCGUGCCCGAAACAGAUGAUCCCACAAUUCCGGUCAACACACUUCGCAUGUGGAUUCUGGGCACUUUCUGGGUGCUCAUAGGAGCUGGAGUCAACCAAUUCUUCUCGUUGCGAUAUCCCGCUGUCCAUAUCGUCUCGAUCGUGGCAGAGUUGCUCGCUUAUCCAAUGGGUGUGGCAUUGGCCAAAGUCCUGCCAAUCAUGUCUGUCCGGUUACCAUUCUUUGGUGAAUGGAGAAUCAAUCCAGAUCAUCAUUUCAACAUCAAAGAACACGUUGUCAUCGUCAUAAUGUCCAAUGUCACGAUCGGCUUCGCAGGCGGAGCUGACGCAAGCAACAUGAUUCAAGCAGCGAUGAAGUUCUACAACUUCGACAUCUCACCCGGUUUCAGCAUUCUGAGUGUCUUAUGCUGUCAAGUGCUGGGAUUUGGAGUUGCUGGACUGUGUCGACAAUGGCUUGUCGAACCGGCGAAUAUCAUCUGGCCUGGAGUACUCGGCAAUUGCGCUUUGCUGAACUCACUACACAGCAGAGCAAACGUAGUGGCCAAUGGGUGGAAGAUCUCGCGGAUCAGAUUCUUCAUGGUCGUCAUGGCAUGUGCCUUCGUCUGGUACUGGUUCCCGGGACUAAUGUUCGUGGCCUUGUCUUACUUCACUUGGGUUUGCUGGAUUGCGCCGAAUAACAUCGUGGUGAACCAGCUCUUUGGCUUCCAAACGGGGUUGGGUCUGAGUCCAAUUACGUUUGAUUGGUCACAGAUCGCAUACAACACAAACCCUCUCCUGUCGCCGAGUUGGGCAGCGCUGAACGUCUUUGCCGGAUUCGCAUUCUUCUACUGGAUCGUGGUACCAGGAAUCUACUACACAAACACCUGGUUUACAGCAUACCUUCCAAUGAUGACUGCCGAUGUUUACGAUCGUACUGGCGCAGGUUACGAUGUUUCCAAGGUGCUGACAGCAGCAGGAACUCUGGACCCUGUUGCAUACGCUCAAUACUCGCCUCCAUAUCUGAGUGCUACAUUCGCCUUCGUCUAUGGCCUUUCUUUUGCAAGUAUUACGGCCGUUCUAGUCCAUGUCUAUCUUUGGCAUGGCAGCGACAUCUACGCCACACUCCGAGGCAGGCAGAAGCUUGACAUUCAUGGCCGUCUCAUGCGUGCCUAUAGGAAGGUGCCUUGGUGGUGGAAUGUCGUCCUGCUGGUCAUCUUCACCGCGCUCUCGAUCGUGCUCGUCGAGAUAUACGACACAAAGCUGCCUGUUUAUGGCGUGUUCUUGGCUCUCCUCAUCCCGGCCAUCUACAUGAUUCCAUGUGGUAUUAUUCAAGGCAUUACAAACGUCGAUGCCAAUCAACUCAAUGUUCUCUCCGAGUUCAUCGGCGGCUACAUGUUCCAAGGCAAGCCACUGGCGAACAUGAUGUUCAAGAUUCUGUCCACAGAUGUUGUCAGCCAGGGCAUUUUCUUCGCUCAAGAUCAAAAACUUGGCCACUACUUCAAGAUUGCUCCGAGGACAGUCUUCUGGGCACAAGGUUACGCAACAAUACUCGGCAGUCUAACGCAGACAGGUGUAACACUUUGGAUGCUCGGCAACAUCAAGGACAUUUGUUCCUCGGACCAACCCGACUCAUUCACUUGUCCUAAUGGCCGAACAGUUUUCAGCUCCUCGGUGAUCUGGGGCCUAGUUGGACCCGGACGACUUUACAGUGUUGGCAAGAUUUACAGCUCUCUGCUUCAUUUCUUCUGGAUUGGUGCUCUGGUGCCCAUUAUCACCUGGGCGGUCUGGAAGUAUACCAAGAACGACUGGAUUCGAAAAGUGAAUUGGCCCCUUAUCUUCGUCGGAACAUACAACGUCCCACCGGCGACCGGAAUAAACUUUUCUUCCUUUGCGUUGGUGAAUUUCAUAUUCAACUACUACAUCAAGAGGAAGGCCUUCGCUUGGUGGGCCAAGUACAACUACAUACUGGCCGCAGCCUUGGACUUCGGAACGGCUUUUGCUGGCAUCAUCAUUUUCUUUACUGUCAGCUAUCGAGGAUACUCGUUUCCCGAUUGGUGGGGUAACACUGUGUUCCUCAACACAGCCGAUGGUAGAGGAGAAGCAUGGAAGCCGAUGCCUACAGCAGGAUUCUUCGGGCCUGCAAAUGGAACUUGGAGCUAA